AUGGACGAAGACGACAAUGCUGCUGUUGCUGCCAGCCAGGGCACGACACCAGGAGAUGCAUCUUCUCAGCACCAUCCAGCACAUGAACAACUGUCGACACCACCGCCGCCGCCACCAGUGCCACCAAACCCCGAGAAAGACAUACUGCUUCACGAACUCGGCCGCGUCUUGGCACAGGCUCGGAUACGCAGCCGAGACCAGGAUGCAUCCACCCUGGCCGGACUGCAGGCUCAGCGCUCAGCCAUGCUGGACGCCGCCUCCCGUCUGCAGCAGGACAUGUCCGAGGUGGCCCAGCUGUCGGCCCUGCUGACCUCCAACACAAACCUCCUCCACGAAUCUCUAGCCGCUGCCGACGGCGUCAUCCAGCGUGGCCACCAGACCCGUCCUCCUGCCAUAGAUGACCUUCUCGUCGCUCCCACCGUUGUUGCCGGUCAGCUCUAUGACCUUGUCGCCGAGGAACGCGCCCUUGCUGACUCUGUCUUCAUGCUCGGCCGUGCCGUCGAGCACGGCCGCAUCAGCCCCGCUGUCUUUGCAAAGAUGACCCGUUCUCUCGCCCGCGAGUGGUACCUCAAAAAGGCCCUCGUCCGCAAGGUUGCCCGUGGCAUGGGCCUGGCCUCUGUCUGA